AUGGCAAAUCAUGGUCCAUCAUAUGGUUUAAGUCGUGAUAUUGAAAAAAAAAAUCAAGCAAGAUUUAUUCUUGAAGAGGCACAAGAAAUUAUUUCAUGGGUACAACAAACUACUGAAAUACCAUUUCCAAUUGAUCCUAUGGAAAUAAAUGAUAGUAAUGAAUUUUGUAAUCUUCUUAAAGAUGGAGUUCAAUUAUGUUAUUUAAUUAAUCGACUUUUAAAAUUAGAUAAACAAUCUUUAAUUAAAUUUAAAGAAUCACCUGUUAUGCCUUUUCAUAAAAUGGAAAAUAUUUCAACAUUUCUUGAAGCAAUAAAACGAUAUGGUGUUUUAGAAUUUUCAUGUUUUCAAACUGUUGAUCUUUAUGAAAAUAAACAUCCAUAUAAAGUUGUUGAAUGUUUGAGGUCUCUUGCAGGUGUGGCACAAUUUAAAAAUGCAAAGAUCUCAUUUCCACCAUGGGUUGUUAAAAUGGCACAAUCAAAUAAACGUCAUUUUUCAAAAGAUAUAAUAAAACAAGGAGAAGUAAUAAUUCCUUUACAAUAUGGAACAAAUAAAUGUGCUUCACAAAAAGGAAUGACACCAUAUGGACUUGGAAGACAAAUUACAUUAGAUAAUACAUUAUCUAAGAAAACCUGUUAA